CGCCCCACUCCGCCCUCAGGGAGCUCCCGCAGACCUCGGACACUCAGGCGGAGGAAGAGACGGGUGGACAGACUGCCUCCGAGCCCGGGGGCUCAGGGAGCCACCCACCCACAGACGGCUGGACGGACAGACGGACUUGGAUCCAGGCUCCGAGAGGUGCCUCUGAUGGAGACGUGAUUGUGGUCCUGCUCCCAGCCCAGGAAGAAGGCUUCUUUGAACUCCUGCCCCAGCACAGCCUUCCUGGACUAGCCAUGACCUGUGACCGAAGGGUGGCCUCAUCUUUCCGUUACGGAGUGACCAUCACUGGGGCAGUGGUCCUGGUCACCGGGACACUCUGCUUUGCCUGGUGGAGUGAUGGGGACAUGGAGCCCUCUCUGAACCCCGGGAUGAAAGCUUCUCUCCCUGGGAAGGCAGCCCCCCUGGCUGGCACCGCGGCCCCCACGACUGCACCCCCCAGCGCCCUGCUGAGGUCGGUCAGCUUCUUCUGCUGCGGCGUCGGGGGGAUGCUCCUUCUCUGGGGCCUGCUCUGGUCAGCCAAGGCCAAUGUCCGGGCAGCCCCUCGAUACUACCACAGCCGUCUCCCCAGGGACCUGAGCUACUUCACAGCUGAGCCUGUCCAGAAGUGGAGCUACAGUAGCUGGUCAUCUACCUCAGUCCCCACCUAUGAGAUGGCCAUGACGUGCAGCCCUCCUGUCCCAGAAGAGGAGGAAGAGGAUGGACCACCCCCAUACGGGAGGGCCAAUGGCGGGAGACCAGUAGGACUGACCCGAAGCAUAUCUGAUGGGGCACUGCUUUUUCCUCCCCAGCCAGAGAUGUGGGGAGACCGAGGCACAGCCUGGGUCAGCCCCCCACCCAGCUAUGAGAGCAUUGAUGCCCGUGGCCUGUGACUGACAUUCCAGCCUGAACCGACAGCUCUCUUUAGGUGCUCUAUCGCGGUAGCCAGCCAGGUGGAGGCUGACUAGGAACCCAAAUGGAGGAGCUCAAGCCCAGACUGGCUUCUGUCGCUCUCCAGAGACAAUCUUUAACGAAGGCUAAUGGGAGUCAGGAGGACCUUAUGCUUGGGUCCAGUAAGACUCGGGUUUGGAUCCUCGAUGGGCCCCUGACCGGGUGUGUGACCUUGGUCAGAUGCUUCCACCUCUCUUGUUUUUUCCACAUCUGAAAAAUGGGGCUCCUAAUCCUUGUCCUAUAGACCUCUAAUGGAUAUUAGGAGCAUCAGAUGAGAUAAUGGAUCUGAAAAUAAUGUCAUGAGCUAGAAUACAAUAGAGAUUGGUUUUUAUUGGUGCCCAGAUACUGGGGUGGCCUUACAUAAAAGCAGCUACCCUGGCAGGGUAGAUUUCAGAGUCUCUAUGACCCUAUUUCCCUACUAUGUCUCCUUACUCUCCCCCCACCAACCCCCAGGAGACAAAACAGGUAGAAGAAGAAGACCUGGGACAGGUCACGUCUCUCAGCCUCAGUUUUCUCAUCUGUAAAUUGAGGAGAAUCAUCUCUGUCCUCCCUACCUCACUAGGCUGUUGUGAACGUCAAACCAGCGAGCUGGAGCUGUUUUCAGGUACUAGAACCUUAGUGUGAAUGGAAGCUGAGCUAGAGGAGGUGGGGCCGGGGCACCGUCACUGACCUGGGAUGGACAGACCCAGCUAGCAAACCCCUCACCAGGGAAAGCCUGAAUAGAGCAGGCUUCUUGGCCUGGGAAGGAAGGGGGAGCACAAGAAGGGCGCAGGACAAUGAGGUUGGCCCACAAGUCAACCCACAACAAACCAUCAGAUUUUAUCUGAGUAACUCCUUUCUCCAUGGCCUGGAGUAUAAGGUGUGUCUGAGGGGAUGGAGAAGGACAUGGUUCUCUCCAUCAUGGAGCUAACAGUUUGAUAGAGUCAGCAAAGGAGUAUCAGUAUGGAAGAGCUUUCAGUAUGGAAUUUUUUUUUUUCAGAAUCAGUAUGGAAGGGCCUUAGAAUACAGAAUGUAGUAGCUGAGAGGGGCCUGGCAAUAGGGAAUGUCAGGGCUGGGAGGGGCCUUAGAACAGGGAAUGUCAGAGCUGGGUGGGGCCUUAGAACAGGGAAGGUCAGAGCUGGGAGGGUUCUUAGAACAUGGAAUGUCAGAGUUGGCAGGGGCCUAGAAAGUAAGUGCUAUAUUGAGGGCAUUCCACUAGUGAGUAGCCCAAUUCCUUUGACUCUUAUGCUCUAUCGAUUUUUUUUCCUUUUACUGGUGAAUCCCCUGGUCCUUAUAAUAGGGACUCUAGCUGAGAGUAAGGACUGUUUUCCCUCCAUGUAUCCUCAGCACUGAGCACAUGAAUAGUUGCUUAAUAAAUGCCUCUUGAACUGAAAUUAGGUAAGGACCACUGAUUUCUUAUGCUGAAAAAGAAGACACGUGACCCACCGCCCUGAUGGGACUUGGCAUUUCCCAGAUUGCAACACCCAUCUGCAUGUGGCAUUGGGGAAGAACCCUGAACCAUGGCUCUGGAAAUCUGGAACCUAACCUUACUCCUGCCACCUACUUGCUUUGUGGUUUUCAGCAAGUUGGGCCUCAGUUUCCCUAUUUGUGAAAGGAGGAUAUUUUACCAAAUUAGGUCAAAGGUUCUGACGUUCCGUGUUCUAAUAUCCCUUCUAGUUCUGACACCUUGUUACUGUUCAGUCAUUUCAGUCACACCCAACUCUC